UACAUAACGCAAUACUGUCAUCUUAUCCUUACAUUAUUGGAGAAAAAGGAUUUAACGCCAAGAGAAUUGAGGAAUUAUCAGGAGCGAAAAUUUACAUCAAUGGAAACACAGAAGCUAUUAUCUACGGUACAUUCUCACAACGUGAGAAGGCGAAGAUUCUUAUUGAGGAAACGAUUUUAAAGUUUAUGUCUAGACCUACGUUUGGAUCAUUUCUACUAGCAACAGAUGAUACAAGUAGACUUAGCUCCAAAGACAUUAGAUAUCGAUUCGUCGAAUUUUUUGAUGAAAACAAUAACAUUAUAAACAAACACUUACGCACUCAAAAAUAUAUUAUGGAAAGAAUCAGCGAAUCUGAUAAUGGUAGAGGCGAAGAUAAGCUUGCAGAUAGAAUAAUGGAUAAAAAUCAUGAGAAAAUGGACACACACCAUAAAACAUUUCGCACUCAAUCUGCGCUCGGAUCUGGUUCAUUUGGCACCCUCGAUAAGUUAGAUGAAUGCCUGAAAAGAAUUUUUGUGGAUCUUUACAAUCGUAGCAUAAAUCCCCGUGAGCCUAGAUUCCAAAUUAGGCUUUACUUAUUUUUUGGUCGUCAAGCAUUUCUUAGAGUUAAUCCGCAAGAGACUUUAAGUUUAGACGAUUUCUGUGAAAUUAAAAGACAUUCAGAAGAUAUUGGCACUUUAUUCACUCAUAAUUAUCCUCCGGUUUACGAAAAUAUUGGGAUAAUUAGUGAAAAGUUUAAGUUAAAGCCGGAUCCUUCUAACGAAGAUAAUAGAAGCAUAACUAUUAUUUAUGUGGAUAGUGAUCAACAAAAAAAGAAGAUAAAGUUGGUUUGGGAUGAAAAAGAAGAACUAUGGAAAAUAGAGAAAGUUGUGAGAAAUAUGAAACGCCAUGCAAUAAUUAGUAUUAUAUCCGGAACAAACGCUCCUGAUUUGCGGUUUAUAGUAAAGACAAAAUGCGAUGUGUUUGUCACUCCAAAAUUAAAGAAAAUCAUUAAUGACCUACAAACAAAGAAUCCAAUUCCUGAUGCGAAUGGGAUGUUAUUUAAAUUAUCUGAUUUCGAAGGGAAGCUCGAUUGUAUUAGCGUAAGGCAAAAGAUCAAAAGUUGUUAUAGCAACGAAAAGUUUAAAAUCAUUAGAGCUAUAGAAACACAAGAAGUUAAAGGAUAUGAUCCAUACACCACUAAGCACAUUUCGCUGAAAAAACUCAGUUGGAAACAAGAUAACAAAAAAGUAACCAAAACGGACUUUAAUGAUAUAUCUUCAAUUCACGAGACUAUCAAAUUUGCAAGGGAAAUCGCAAAAUUUGUUGAUGUAUUGUAA